UUACCAUUGCCACAGACGCUGCUUAAUGGCCCUGCCAGCGCUGCGGUGCUGCCUCCGCCCCACGGCUUGGGGAGCAGCAGAGGGCCCCCGACUCCAGCGCGCCUCCCGGUGCUCCCGGGGGGGGGGGGGGGCUGUCUCGGGGCUGCCCCGGGCGUGUCGGCCACUGUAUCCUCCGCGCCGUCUUCGACCUCUUCGACGGUGGCAGAGGUGGGCGUGGGUGCUGGUGGCAAGAGGCCUGGUUCGGUAUCGAGUACGGACCAGAAACGUGAGCUGAAGGAGAAGCAGCGCAACGCUGAGGCCUUGGCCGAGCUGAGCGAGAGCCUGCGCAACCGUGCGGAGGAGUGGGCCAGCAAGCCCAAGAUGAUCCGUGACACACUGCUCACGCUGGCUGGCUGCACGCCCUACGAGGUGCGCUUCAAGAAGGACCACUCGUUGCUGGGUCGUGUCUUUGCCUUCGACGCUGUCUCCAAGCCCGGCAUGGACUACGAGCUAAAGCUGUUCAUUGAGUAUCCCACGGGCUCCGGCAACGUGUACUCCAGCGCGUCCGGGGUGGCCAAACAGAUGUACCAGGAUUGCAUGAAACACUUUGGCCGUGGUCUGUCCUCUGGCUUCAAAUACCUGGAGUACAAGAAGAAGCUUGGUUCAGGCGACUGGCGCCUACUUGGGGACCUGCUGCCUGAGGCUGUGCGCUUCUUCAAGGAGGGCGUGCCCGGCGCGGACGUGCUGCCCCAGCCCUAUCUAGAGGCCAGCUGUCCCGUGUUACCCACUGCGCUGGUGAGUCUCAGCCCCCCCCCCCCCCCCCCCAGUGCACCUCCAGGAACUGGAGCCUUGCCACCAGCGGCGCUCACGGGUCGGGGUGCAGCCUUCAGCUUGCGCAAAAGGAAGGCAUCCCCGGAGCCUCCGGACUCAGCUGAAGGUGCACUGAAGCUUGGCGAGGAGCAGCAGAGGCAGCAGUGGAUGACAAACCAGAGCGAGGCGCUGAAGCUCACUAUGUCCGCGGGGGGCUUUGCGGCGCCAGGGCACGCAGCAGGGGGACCACCCCCACCCCCUCCACCUCUGGGACCUCAUUCCAAUCGGACCACCCCGCCAGAGUCAGCCCCCCAGAACGGUCCGUCCCCCAUGGCCGCGCUCAUGUCAGUGGCAGACACUCUGGGCACAGCGCAUUCGCCCAAGGACUGCAGUUCAGUGCACUCUACCACUGCAUCCGCUAGGCGAAAUAGCAGCAGCCCGGUGUCGCCCGCCUCCGUGCCAGGGCAGCGUCGCCUGGCAUCACGCAAUGGGGACCUGAAUUUACAGGUGGCGCCCCCGCCGCCUAGCGCCCACCCAGGCAUGGACCAAGUGCACCCCCAAAACAUUCCGGAUUCCCCUAUGGCCAACAGCGGACCCCUCUGCUGUACCAUUUGCCACGAACGUUUGGAGGACACUCAUUUCGUUCAGUGCCCGUCUGUCCCUAGCCACAAAUUUUGUUUCCCUUGUUCUAGAGAGAGUAUCAAAGCCCAGGGGGCUACAGGUGAGGUGUAUUGCCCCAGCGGAGAGAAAUGCCCCCUAGUCGGGUCUAAUGUACCUUGGGCCUUCAUGCAGGGCGAAAUUGCAACUAUCUUAGCUGGGGAUGUUAAAGUGAAAAAAGAGAGAGACACUUGAACCGCAGGGCAGCGACCCCUUUGGCCCUAGAUCACCUCCUCUUCAAUCUGGAGGGCCCUCCCCCCACCUGCCUCCAUUUCCCUUCCCACCAAGAUGUAGAAUUGUGAAUAUA